GUUUGGUUCCAGAAUCGGAGAGCCAAGUGGCGUCGGCAAGAGAAGAUGGAAGCCGACUCGAUGAAGCUUCAUGACAGUCCCAUGCUGUCCUUCAGCAGGCCCCCGAUGGUGGCCAACAUGGGGGCGAUUGGCAGCGCUCUUCCCUUAGACCCAUGGCUGACGUCCCCCAUCUCCAGCGCCACCACAGUGCACAGCCUCUCAGGAUUAAUGGGCCCCGGCCAAGCCCUCCAGCCAGCCUACACAGGGCAUUCCUUUCUCAAUAACCCCCCAGCCCUGCCCCAGAGCAUGCAACCGAUGGCGCCCGUGGCGUACCAGUGCGCCACGACUUUUGUGGACAAGUACCCCUUGGAGGACAUUGACCAGCGGAACUCCAGCAUUGCUUCGCUGCGCAUGAAAGCGAAGGAACAUAUUCAGACCAUAGACAAAACAUGGCAGCCAAUUUGA